GCCAGGUCCAGCUGGAGAGCCGGGGAGUGAGCCCACUCCGCCAGGCCUGGCCGACUGAGGGUGCAGGGCACGGCACAGCCCAGGGCCUGGUGGGGUCCCAGGGGCCUCCUGGUGCUCCCGCAGGCCUCCCCUGGACUGCUGAGGACACCUGCUCACCGAGCUCAGCCUGCUGAGGGCUGGCUCUGAGGAGACAUGAGCACAGAGGACUCCAGUCUCUCCAGCCCCAGGGCCGCCAGCCCCCAGGACGCCUUCACGGCUCCUGUCACCCCUGGGACUCUCACCGGGGCGACGGACCCCCUCCCUGUGCUCAUCGCCCUGGCCUGCAUCUUCCUCCUGCUGGCUUCUUGUCUACUGUUCCUGAUCCUCUGCAGGCCGGCUGCUCUGGACCCCCGCCACCGCAGGGCCCGCGAGUGCAUGCCCCACCACCCCGAGAGCCCCAGCGAACCCCGGCUCCGGCUUUGGAAGCGCCUGGGCUCCCUGCGCCGCUCUCUGCACAGCUUCCGGAGGGGGUGGCUCACCGCCCCUCCACGGCCACUGCCAGGCCACGACAACCCCCCGGGCAGCUGUGACUGCACGGAAUCGACCAAAAUGUGACAGGCGUUUCCAAACAGAUGCCCCCACUAUCCUCCACCCCCGGCAGAUCCUCCCGCCUGGGACUUCUGGGACUGCAAGACAGCGGCCCAAGCAACCUGGGCCCUGUGCUCACCUCCAGGGCUGCCCUGGGCGCCCAGCCAGUGUCCUUUCUCAAAGGUGGUCCCUGAAACAGCACCCUCUUUUCUGUGGACCUCUUGCUACUCUUGCUAAAAGAUCCUAGGAUCAAGAGGUGAGCUCUCCUGGCCAUCUGUGCCCUUGGCCUGAGAGGCUCUGGGGGUGCAACCCAGAACUCUUUAGGAUCCCUUUCUGGUAACCAGGCACCAACCACUCCUGGAAACAGCACCCCUGCCCCCCAAGAGGAAGUUUGCCCCUGAUUCCAGGGCCAAACCCAGCUCAGCCUGUACCCGGGCAGGGCCCUGUCCUACCACCUGCACCAUCUCGGUGCCCAAGACAAAGGGACCCAGGGACUCCUCGUCUUGGUUUCCUGCCCUGCCAGCAUCUGCCUGCUGACCCGUGGGCAGCCUCCGCCUCCUGGUGAUCAGACGACUGGGUGCUGGCUGGGGGCCCUGGACCCCUGUCUUAGCAGCCCACAAAGCUGCCCAGGAUGGAACUGACCAGGAAGGGGCUGGGAUGGGUGAAGAGGUUCCUGCCAGAGCCAGGAAGAGGCUUGUCAGAGUGCAAGGGGGCUGGCCACUGUCAGUAGCUCGAGGGAUGCCACCUGGGCUCUGAAGACACAGAACACAGGGAGCCGCCUUCCCUCUGGUAUGAUACCAACCUCCAGGACAGCGGCAGGUCCUUGCCUUGGACCACACAAGUCCACUGUCCAUGCACCUGGCUACUGACUGACCUGUCAAAAGAAUGCUACCCAGGAUGUCCUCCUUAGCAUCCCAUGUCCUUGGCCUCUCUUCCCAAGGCCAAUGCUGAUCACUUUGGUUGGACAUUAGAUUUGGAGCCUGGGAAGAGGGGACCUAAAAUGUCUAGCCCCUGUCCCAGAGUCAGCGGGCCAGGCCCCACCAACGGUUGCCUGGCUGCACCCUGCUGUGACCUACAGUGCGGCUGGCCAGGUCUCCUUGAGGACUGAGCUCUGACUGUGACACUUCUCAGCUCUGAUCCUUCACUGGGGCCCUAAUGCCCACUGGGUGUGCCCACGCCACUGUGAGCAGAGGUCUCUGGGAGCUGGCUCCAGUUCAUCUUUUACCCUGAUCUUGACCCGAGACCACCUGGCCUCUCCAACUGGGGCAUAUGCUUUCCCCCAAGGCCUUCUGUGCAAGGCCUUUCUUAGUCCUCCAAGGGAACUGCCCUCCUGCCUGGAGCGCCUCGCCCACCUGUCAGGGAGCCAAGAGCAGCCUCCUCUGGGCAGCGGGUGGCAGUCUUGUCUGCACCUUCUCUUCUGCCAGCCUGGGAGCUCAGAGAGCCAGUCCUGGCUUUGACUCACCAGCUCUGGCAGAGGCGUGGGGCCUGUUACUGGAGGGAGGGUGGCCCCGCUGCCAGCCUCCCCCUCCCCAGGGCAGCAGGGGUUCUGGCGGAGCCUGCCCAGCACACCGCCCUGCGUCCGGCUGCUGCUCCUACGGGACCACUGUCCUCCGGCUGGCCUGGGUGGAGACGUCACUGUCUUUCUCUCUGGCUUAGCGUGACCUCAAAGAGGGAGCCCAGCUUUGCAAAAACCCUUAACAGAGCCUGGGAGAAGGCACCCUAAGGCCCCGAACUUCUCCCUGCAAAGUGGGGGACAUGGGGGAGCCCUACGUCACUCAAGAACUCUAGGGUGUCGGUCUGAGGACUGUUGUGUAGAUAGAAACCAAUUCUCGGGGUUGGGAAGUAAGGCAGGCCUCCCCCCAAAGGGGCUUGUUCUUCCCUCCAUUCCUGCUUGGUCACCUCUUCCUGGUUCACUUCCCCCAGGGCCUCUCUGAGACACCCCAGGCUGACUCAGUGGUAGUGGGUCCAGCACCCCCCAUGGUCCCCUGGUCAGCAGGCUCUGCUCUUGUGUUCUCUUCCUGGGGGUGGGGGAGUAUCCUGGGGUGGGAGGAGGCUCUCAAAGCUCUGGCUGUGCCCCUAAGUGGGCGGGCUGCCGGUCCUGGGAGGCCUCUCACGUCCCACAGGGGGGAGGCUCACAGCUUCAGGUGCAAGGCUCUGCAAGUCUGCACCAGCUGAGGCCAGAGCAGGGAAAUCCUUCUCCUUCCUCCUUCCAGAACCCGCCACCAGGCCUUGUAAGUCCCCGGGGCUUCCUAUCUCCCUGUUCCUUCACGUACGUUCCCUGCCCCCGGCUCCUUUCCUGUCUCCUGCUCCUCAUGCGGGGACCUGGGCACACUCCCAGCUCCCCCUUCCUCCCAUCCCAGACACAGGAACCUGCCUAGCGGGCAGGCCCAGCUUUGCUGUGUUUGGCUGCCCCUCCGAGUGCAGCUGGAAAGCCCCGGAGUGGUGAAGGGAGCCAUUCUUCCCGCCCUCUCCCGGCAACCAGGCCUCAGGGGUGCGGAGGCCGGUCCUCCUGUUCCUUCGGAGCCUCUUAGCCGCCAUCCUACUCUGGGCCAAAAGAGCCCUUUCUUCUUCAGUUGUCUGUGUCCCAAGAGGGGAGCUGGGCCAAGGGGCUGUGAAAGCCCCUGUGUUCUGGCCUCCGGGCCCUGGCUCGCUCUCCUCAGCUCCCUUCUGGGAAAGUGUGACCUCUGUGUCCCCUCUCUACUCUGAAAGGCCCUUUGGGGUGGGGUGGGGUGCAGAGGAGCUAGGAGAGGGAGGCCAAGGCCUUUCUCUGUUUGCUGGGGAGCCAGGGCCCCGUCCCAGGUCCUCCUCAGGACCUCUCCUAUUUCCAUCCCCCCAUGCCAUAAUGCCACUGAGUAGUGCCCUCAGAGCUGAGGGUGGCCCUGCCUGCUCCCAGCUCGCCUGACCAGGGGGUCCCGGGCCACCUGCCUGCACGAUGCUGUGGCCCUCAGGGAUGU